AUGCAAGUGGGCGAGUAUGAGUUGACCGUCAUUGACGUCACUCUUAUUGUCGUCAGUCUAGUGGCUCUCAAAAAAGUCUUCGGAUGGCUUCUGGCUCCGAAAGUGAACGAACCCAAAAAAUAUCAGGCAAGCCCGACGUCUUCUUCUCUAUCUUAAUAUUUCCAACUUCUUUUUUCAGAUAGACCUAUUAGAGAACAGAGAUCUGACUCUAGAAGAGGUGAAAAAGUUGCGAUGCGAAAAAAAGCAAUGUCUCGUUGUGGUCGGAAAGAAGAUUUAUGAUCUUUCUGCAUCGCGAGAGCUCUACGAAAACAAUCUAGCCACGUUCGAAGCGGAAAUCGGAUGCGGAUCAGAGUGGGAAGCGAUUUGUGAGCGGAAGUACCCUUUUGUGGGAAAACUAAAAGUUGAAUAAGCUAAACUCAAAAUUUUUGGUAAAUAGGCGGGUUAUUGCUUCUAUAUUUGAUAAAUAAAUAAACAGUUGUUUUCUAAUUUUUCACACGUUUCUCCAUUUUUCUUCACUGGUUGUUCAUUUACCAUGUUAUUUUUUUCCAUUGAUUUUCAGUGGAAUACAUCAAAUUACAGCCACACAAAAUGGCAAUGAUGUACCCGUUCCACGUGGCUCAGCCACCUCUCAACUGGUCCGAACACUUGUGGGUCACGGAGAUUUCGCCCGCCAAAGAGUCGUUCAUCACCACGAUUUGCGAGCAUCGACAAGCACAAUGGGUGAGUGUUUGAACAUAAAAUAUUUAAAAAAUGGUAAAUAAAUUUAGGACAAUCAAGAUCUGCUCCGUCAUCUGCAAGACAGCGUGGCGGUCAUAAAGGGAGAGGAUCAGCGUCAACCGGCUCAGCCGGCCGCCCCAAAUGCGAACGCCAACGCUCAGAACUGA